GCGUUGCUAGGCAACCGUUAGCUCGCUGCUACAAGUGGAGAGGAAAGCUAAAGAGCAAAUCAGCGUUAAAAGUAGCUUUUUAGGUUAAUUUCUUUCUUUUAGCUGUAACCCUGGUUCUGGUUCUGGCUCGGGUUCCUGCAGCUGAAAGGACUUUGUAUUUAUUUAAGUGUAAAGACACGAUGUCAGCACAGGAAGAACCAGCAAACAUCGGCAAAGUGCUCAGUUUUCUCCGGGAAUGGGACCGUGGUGACAGGACGGUCCGCAGCCGCUUGUUGAACACUUUCCUGGCUCAAAACACAGGGAGGACGUUUUAUGAGCUGGAGCUGGAGUUUGCACAGGUUGCCAGCCUCUUUCUGGCUAGACUCACCACCUGGAUGAGACUCACAUACAUGUUUGGGACAUCUUUAGGACUUCAGCUGAAAGCAAUUGGGAUUUUCCUUUCUGCGUCAAGCCAUGAUCAGUACCUAAUGGAGUUUCUGGAAGAUGGAGGUGUUCUCACUCUGCUGGAGAUUGUGAACCACUCUCAGUGCAAAGAGGAGGAAAAGGCUGAGGCCCUGCGUCUUCUGCUCACUGUCGCAAAUGCUGGCCGCAAGUACAAAGAGAUUAUCUGCGAAAGCCAUGGUGUGAAAGUGAUAGCAGAGUGUCUGGCUAAGUCAAACACAGAUGAAACCCAAGAAACAGCAUGGGCUGUCCUGGAGUCCCUGAUCCACGGAAACCCCAAAUAUCAAAACCAAAUCUACAAAAGUCUGAUUGCUCUCAUGAUGUGUACCUCGCCUAAGGCCCAGCAGCUUGUCCUGCACACCUUACACACUGUACAGUCCAAAAUGAAAACAGCCCAUCACAGCAUUGUAGAGCCUCUACUGAAUAUGCUCAGGUCCCUGCACCUGGUGGUUCAGGAUGAAGCUAUAAAUCUGAUCUUAGACCUGAAGUGUUACGAUGUGAGGCCAAUGCUGCUCAAAGGAUUGGUGGCUCUGCUGAUGCCUGCUAAAGAAGAAGUACAGCAGCAUCAAAAUAUGGAAGAGUCAGAGAUAAUUGAGACGACUGGAUCUCUGCCUGUGUUUGUGCAACAAGCUGCUGCUGCUAAAACUAUACGCUUGCUGGCCGAGGACAGCCAAGAGGUUUGUCGUGAACUUGUCUCUCUUGGAGUAAUCCAACAUCUUCUGCAUGCUAUGGGCAACAGAGAACACUAUGAUGCCCAAAUACAAGCCAGUCUGGCCUUGGAGCACUUUGUCCACUCAUACCCAGUUAUUGAGGAACACGUGCAGAGAGUCAUUGGCAGUACACUGUUUGCAGCAUUUAUGCACAACGCUGACACUUUGUACAUACACAUUGAUGAAACACAAGCAGAAAUCCUGCUAACUAACAAGCUGAACAUCACUGAAGUUUAGAUGGUGAUAAACCCUGAAGGCUCAAACAAGGAACAAUUCAGCUUAAAGAUGCAGAUGAAGAGACAUUUCUAUAAUUACUUAAUUCUUAAUUUGUUGUCGCUCUCAGAUGUUUUAUUUGAGCAUGCUGACGUGCAGUUCAUACAUAUACAUGGACACGUGAAGAUAUACGUGUGCAUAGAUGGCAAUGUGCUCUGUUUAUGUAAACAUAUGCAUAUAAAAUAAAAAACAGUAAUGCUAAACAGAGAGCAUAACAUAGA